AUGAGCUACGGAUCUGAAGCCUUUUCCUCCUCCUCCUCCUACAGGAAGAUUUUCGGGGAGUCUCCCCGUUAUGCGUCCUCUCCAUCACGGACAAGCAUGAACGUGUCUUCCCGUGGAGGUUACCGGUCCUCCUCUGCACCCCGGAGCAAUGUCUCAUCUCUGGGCUCGUACAACAGAAAGUCUGGCCGCCUCAUGCCCAUGGAGACCUUCGACCUGACACAGAGCAGCGUCCUCAACAAUGAGUUCAAAAUCGUCCGCACCAAUGAGAAGGAACAGAUGCAGGGGCUCAAUGACCGCUUUGCAGUGUUCAUCGACAAAGUGCGCACCUUGGAGCAGCACAACACGGUGCUGGAGACGGAGCUGACUGCUCUGCGCCAGAGGCAGACAGAACCGUCCCGUCUGGCCGAACUUUACCAACAAGAGAUCCGUGAACUACGCUCCCAGCUCGAAGAACUGAACGGGGAGAAGUCCCAGCUCGUCAUCGAGAGGGAUUGUAUUGAAGACGACCUGCAGAAGCUCAGGGGGAAAUAUGAAGAGGAGUACCGUGCCAGGGAGGAUGCAGAGGUCACCCUCAAGGCCUUUAAGAAAGAUGUGGAUGAUGCCACCAUGGUGCGCCUGGACCUGGAGAAGAAGGUGGAAUCUCUGCUGGACGAGAUCAACUUCCUCAGGAAGGUGCAUGAUGAGGAGGUGGUCGAGCUGACGGAAAUGAUCCACGCUGCCCAGGUGUCUGUGGAGAUGGAGGUGUCCAAGCCGGACCUCACCUCCGCCCUUAAGGAGAUCCGAGGCCAGUACGAGUCCAUGGCGUCCAAGAACAUGCACUCUGCCGAGGAGUGGUACAAGACCAAGUUCAACGACCUGUCCGAGCAGGCCACCCGGAGUAGCGAGGCCAUGCGAGCUAACAGGGAGGAACUGAGCGAGUUCAGGAGGCAGCUGCAGUCCAAGACCAUCGAGAUCGAGAGUCUGAGGGGAACCAAUGAGUCUCUGGAAAAGCAGCUCCAUGAGAUGGAGGAAAGGCACAAUGUGGAGAUUGGAAACUACCAGGACAACAUGAUGGAGCUGGAGAAUGAUCUGAGGGCCACUAAGAGCGAGAUGGCUCGUCACCUGAGGGAGUACCAGGAUCUGCUGAAUGUCAAGAUGGCACUGGAUAUUGAAAUUGCAGCUUACAGGAAACUACUGGAAGGGGAGGAGACCCGCAUCGGGACAGGGAUCAGCUAUCCCGGCUCCUCCAUGAGCUCAAGUAUGGGGCAAGGCUACAACUACCAGAGCCGCAUGUACUCCAGCUCCGGCAUGGGCUCCAAGAGGGAGGCCAAGAACGAGGACCAGCAGCAGCAGAGCAAGUCUGUCGGCAAGGUGUCCCAGCGUGAAGUCUAUGAGGAGACAGUGGUCAGCACCACCAAGAAGAUGGAGAAGGAGCAAGACCCCAGCGACAUUACCAACACUCAGAAAAACUAA